AAUGUUGCUUUCUAUUAAAACCUAAGAAUAAUCAUAUCAAAUGGAUUACAUUUCUCCCCAGACAUACCAACUCUCUCUUUCUCUCUUUAGCUUUAAACCCCCAAAAGAAAAGAUAAGAGCUCUAAGUUUUUGUUUACCUUCUCUCCAUGGACUUGACUGGACUUAAAUGGCUGCAACAACAACAACAAAUGGUUUCACCUGAGUUUCUUCACAUACUUGGCUCAGAUGGGAGAGAAGAGCUCAGAAGGGUUGAGAGUUACUUGGGAAACAAUAUUUAUGAUACUAUUGAUGGAUGCAUCUCCAGGACAAGUAGCUUCCAAAUGGAACCAGUGAAGAACAAUGAAGAUAACAGAGUCAUUGCCUUGCGGAACAAGAGAAAACCAGAGGGUAAGACAGAAAAGAGAGAGAAGAAAAAGAAGAUCAAAGCAGAGGAUGAAACAGAGUCAAGCAUGAAAGGAAACUCAAACAUGAGCAACACGGAGACAUCCUCAGAGUUUCUGAAACAAGAUUACAUCCAUGUGAGAGCUAGAAGAGGUGAAGCCACUGACAGACAUAGCUUAGCAGAAAGGGCAAGGAGAGAAAAGAUAAGCAAGAAGAUGAAAUGUCUUCGAGACAUUGUUCCUGGAUGCAACAAAGUUACUGGUAAAGCCGGUAUGCUUGAUGAGAUCAUCAACUACGUCCAAUCUCUGCAGCAACAAGUGGAGUUCUUGUCCAUGAAACUCUCUUUCGUAAAUCCAGAACUUGAGUUUCAUAUCAAUGAAUUAUCAUCCAUGAUGGUGGAUUCAAGGUCUUUUCCAUUACACCAACAAGGCUCUCUAGAUUACUCAGUCAUAAACUCAAACCAAACCACAUCUCUCAACGCUCUUAAAAUAGAGACAUCUUCAAACUGGGAUGUUCACUCACAGUGUCUUUACAACAACUUGAGAACUGAUUCAGUUUCCAGUUUCUUCAGCCUCAAUGAUAGAAGCCGAGGGGACGAGCUGUAAUGUAUGUCUGGGGGAGCUAAGUAGCGAAAGUUGCUAUGCACUCUCUUGUGGUCAUGUCUACCACAAGAGAUGUCUGUGUCCUCUCUUGUGAGAAAAAGCUGACUUUCAUUGUCUUCUUUGGGAUGAUCCUGCUUUUUAAAUUAUGAUUAUCUAAAACCUACGUUGUUUGCAUGUUGAUUUAGUGUGAUCCUUUUUUUUUUCUUUUUAAUCUUCCGGUGUAGUGAACUUUAUUAUGAUCAUGUGUGUUUGUUUGGGUGCAACAUAACUCUACCUUAAUAUAUAAUAUUAUUUGUGUGUGA